GAGUCGGCUCUUCUUGGUGAGCUGAGUCAAAUGAUCUGACUCCCUAAAAAGAGCCGAACUUCCCAUCGCUGUUAAAUAGGAGUGACCUCCGGCUGCUGAGCGAGAAGUGGAGGAGAGACAACCGUGUGAACAUGUCUGAGCCGAUUAGAGUUCUGGUGACGGGCGCUGCUGGGCAGAUUGCCUAUUCCUUGUUGUUCAGCAUUGCCAAGGGAGAUGUCUUUGGCAAAGAUCAGCCUGUCAUCUUGCUCCUUUUGGACAUUACCCCCAUGUUGCCAGUCCUGGAGGGUGUUGUCAUGGAGCUACAGGACUGUGCUCUCCCACUUCUGAAAGAGAUCGUCCCCACUGACAAGGAGGACGUGGCCUUCAACGACCUGGACGUGGCUAUCUUGGUGGGCUCCAUGCCCAGGAAGGAAGGCAUGGAGAGGAAGGACCUGCUCAAAGCCAACGUGGCCAUCUUCAAGAGUCAGGGAGCCGCCCUGGAAAAGUACGCCAAGAAGACUGUCAAGGUGCUGGUUGUGGGAAAUCCUGCCAACACCAACUGUCUGAUUGCAGCCAAGUCUGCACCCUCCAUCCCUAAAGAGAACUUCUCCUGCCUCACCCGUCUGGACCACAACAGGGCUCGCUCUCAGGUGGCGAUGCGCUGCGGUGUUCCUGCCACCCACGUGAAGAACGUGAUCAUCUGGGGCAACCACUCGUCCACCCAGUACCCAGACGUGCAUCACUGCCUGGUCAACAUGUCUGGCAGCGAGCUGGCUUGCUUUGAGGCGGUCAAGGAUGACGCCUGGCUCAAUGGGGAAUUCAUUGCUACUGUGCAGCAGAGAGGCGCCGCAGUCAUCAAGGCCAGGAAGCUGUCCAGUGCCAUGUCUGCAGCCAAGGCCAUCUGUGACCACAUGAGAGACAUCUGGAUGGGCACUGCUGAGGGUGAGUUCAUCUCCAUGGGUGUUUACUCCUCUGGCAAUGCCUAUGGAGUCCCAGAAGACCUGAUCUACUCAUUCCCUGUCCAGAUCAAGGACAAAAGCUGGAAGAUCGUGGAGGGCCUGACCAUCAACCCCUUUUCCAAGUCAAAGAUGGAGGCCACAGCAGAAGAGCUCAUAGAUGAGAGGGACACAGCUGUGUCUUUCCUGGGAGUAUGACUAGGCCAGGAUUUAGACCGACCCAAGACUCCAGACGCACGCCUGUGAUGAAGCACUCCACCAGCCCCUGCAUUACUCUAUAUGUGUGUGUGUGUGAGAGAUAGAGAGAGCGACAGAGAGGUUGAGUCAGUGUUUUUGAGUGUAAAAGUUGGAUUUAUACUUUUGCGUCGGGAGCCACCCAGCUGAGGAGACAGUGACACUGGGUUGCAUGUGUUUUCUACCAUGAGUUCUCGAUACUGGUGGAGACUGUCGACAGUGAGACAUCAAUCUGCAAGUUAAAGGAAAGUUCGUCUCCUUUUUUAGCCAUUUGCACUACAAGACUUUCUGUUUGCUCUGAUCUGCGCUGUUUAUCAACCAAGUGGGGGAAAAAGGAAGGUAGUCAGGUUUACUUUGGCUAUGAGUGACAGCCGCUGCACACUGGCGCACAAGUAUAACUCCACCUUGAGUAUAAAGUAUAAUCUGAAAGUACAACAAAUCUGUUACAAGAUAUUUUACAGUAAUCUUUAUCUGGCAUAAGUGAAACAUGGAUGGUUGUUACAUUUAGUCAACGAUGCAUUAAGUCCUCACACACUGGAAUGGUUACCUUUUUAAAAGCUGAAACAAUAAAAACGUAUAUUAAUUUAAAAA